GUCAACAGAAUCUCUUGCUUUUGUAUAUACAAAAAAAGACGAAAAAAUAAAUUCGUUCAAAAGUGAUUGCCUUUGCUUUUGAUUAAUCAUUCAUUGGAUUCAAUUACAUUUCGAAGAAGCGGUGAAAAAAAGUGACAUCGUUUGAUAAACUAUAAUAAGAAUCAAAUGAAAAAAAUGGUGUAAAUAAGCAAUAUAUAUGUAUGUGAUUUACGGCAUUUAAAACAAAUAGUAUGUGCAUCAUUUGCAAGUGCAAAAUCGCGAAAUAAAAUGUUUACGUAAACAAUUGUGUUGAUAGUGAUCACUGUCGAAUUAUUUCGCAAGUGAUCAUUGCUUGUUUGUUGAUGUAUCUAGUGAGCUCCGAAAUAAUUUGCGUGCAAUUUAUUAAUUAAAAUUUUUGCUUAGUCUCACAGUAAUACAAACGGAACAUUUUAUGAAUCGUCGGCACGUACAUUUUUUGUGAUAUUAGCGUGUGUCUUCCCAGUCUAAGUCAGAGACGCUUUGUUGCCAGCAAACGAAGCAUCGAGAAGAAGCAUGUUUCGGUCAACGAUUUCAAUUUUGUGGUUAUUUGUGAAUAUUUCACUUGUCAUAUGUGGAACGGUGCCAUCGAAAGUGGAACCCGCACUUUUGGUUAUUUCCUAUGAUGCAUUUCGUCCGGAAUAUUUAAACCGGAAAGUCACACCAAACCUAAAUAAAUUCCGAAAAGAAGGCACAUCAGCACCUUAUAUGAUUAACGUUUUUCCCACAAAAACAUUCGUGAAUCAUUUUACUAUUGCAACGGGCUUGUAUGCAGAAAAUCAUGGAGUGUUGGCAAACGAAGUAUAUGAUUCUGAACAAGGGCUUUUGAAUUAUGGUUAUCCACUAUUUCACUACAGCAAUACCACGAUACCAAUUUGGACGGCAAAUCAGAAAGCUGGAAAACAUUCAGGGUGCAUGUGGCCGGGCGGUGAUUUUGAAUACAAUGGUAUUUCUUGCACUUUUACGGCUAAAUUUGAUCCUAAAAAGAAGUGGGAAGAUCGAGUCGAUCUCGCUCUAUCAUGGUUCACCGACAAGAAAACUCCAGCAAACUUGGUUAUGUUUUACAUUGAGGAACCGGACUCUCACGCCCAUAUGUACGGUGUCGAUUCACCUGUGAUAACAAAUAUGAUUUCAAAACUAGAUAAUUUAACGCAAUAUAUUCAAGAUAAAUUAGUUGCAACUGGUUUAGAUAAACGAGUGAAUGUAAUUCACCUAUCGGAUCAUGGUAUGACAGGUGUAGCACCGCCAAAUUUCAUUUAUUUGGACAAAAUUCUAGCAAAUGACAGUUUUAAAAUGUAUGGAACAUCACCAAUAUUACAAAUCGUUCCCAAAGAUCCAUCCAAAGAAGGUGAAAUCUAUGACAAAUUAACCAAAGCAGCUGAAAUAAAUGGCCACUUCAAAGUGUAUACUCCAAAGAAUAUUCCGUUGCGAUGGCAUGCAAAUAAUACGCGUCGAAUGGGCCCAAUUCUAGCUGUGGCCAGCCACGGCUACGGAUUUCAAGACCUUAUGGAAACAGCAAAAAUUUACGAGAAAAAGUUCAAUAUCACAAUAACGAAUGAGACAAAAUACGGCGUCCAUGGAUAUGACAACCAAGAUCCUGAUAUGCACGCAAUUUUUAUGGCUAAAGGGCCAUUAUUUGCCAAAGGAAAAAUGCUAAAAGCUGUCAAUAUGAUUGAUUUAUACAAUUUAUUCUGUUUUAUAUUGAAUAUUGAAUGUGGUCAAAAUAAUGGAACCAAAAAACUCGACGCAUAUGAUGAUUUAUUUGCUGUGAAACCCGUUCGAAGCACUCAAAAAGAUGAUAAUAAUGGAGAACUAGUCACAUGGGGUGUGAUAUUCAUAUUGCUGGUUGUUUCAGUUAUUGUGAUUACGAAAGUUAGAAAACUUCGACAGCAACACGCUUAUACCAGAUAUUUACACAGAAGCGCACUUUUAGACGACUUUUCAAGUUUUGACGACGAGCUUUCAUUCAAUACACGUUAAAUAUACUGUAUUUAAGAAGAAUCCGAAAUUUAUCUCUAACCCCAUCCCAAUUUUUGUCGAUUGAGAUUAAAGAAACUAAUUGAAUACGGGUAUUCAAACCAAUUUGAUUUCAAUCUUUGGCUGUCAA